GGGGACUGUGAAAGUGAAAAGAGUUUAUAUAUUUAAUCCUCUGGAAACGCCGGCUACUUUUCAACACCAUCUCCGAGUUUCCAGAAGUUUGAACUGCUGCUCACACAACAGAGAAAGCGGACCAGAUAGUGUGUCAGGAUCUGAGAUUCACCUCUGAAUCUGAGUUUAGGUUUUGGUCUGGAUGGCCACAGCUGCAGAGGAGCCACCAGGGCUGCAGGGCCACACUGGAAAUUCAACUGGGACUCGGAAAAAUGUCUCUCCGGAGAGUCCAACCGCUAGCACCUCUCAGACCAAUAAAAAAACAAUUGGCCAUCGUGGGAUUGACCCCACUGGGGAGACCACGUACAAGAAGACAACCUCAUCAGCGCUCAAAGGUGCUAUCCAGUUAGGCAUCACUCACACGGUGGGCAGCUUAAGUCAGAAACCUGAGAGAGACGUGCUGCUGCAGGACUUUGAAGUUGUGGAAAGCAUCUUCUUCCCCAGUGAGGGCAGCAACCUGACCCCAGCACACCAUUAUGGAGACUUCAGGUUCAAGACAUACGCCCCAAUCGCCUUUCGCUACUUCAGAGAGAUGUUUGGCAUCCGGCCUGAUGACUACAUGUAUUCUCUGUGUAAUGAAUCCCUGAUCGAGCUGUCAAGCUCUGGAGCCAGUGGGUCUCUCUUCUACGUCACCAGCGAUGAUGAAUACAUCAUUAAGACUGUGCAGCACAAAGAGGCAGAAUUUCUGCAGAAACUACUUCCAGGAUACUUCAUGAACCUGAAUCAGAACAAGCGGACCUUAUUACCAAAGUUUUAUGGACUCUACUGUGUCCAGGCAGCGGGUAAAAACAUCCGUAUUGUAGUCAUGAACAAUCUGCUCCCGAGCACCGUACGGAUGCAUUUAAAGUUUGAUCUAAAGGGCUCCACCUAUAAGCGUCGGGCCUCAGCUAAAGAGAGAGAUAAGGCAGUGCCAACGUUCAAGGACUUAGAUUUCAUGCAGGACAUGCCUGAAGGGCUCUUACUGGAGGGGGACAAGUACACUGGUGUUUGCAAGACCAUCCAUAGAGAUUGCCUGCUCUUGCAGAGUUUCAAGAUCAUGGACUACAGCCUCCUGGUAGGAAUCCACAACCUAGACCAGGCUUUUCAAGAGCGAGAAGCGGUGGCAGGGGCUAUGGACCAGAGGAGGCCACAAGGUCAGAAGUCAUUAUACAGCACUGCUAUAGAGGCCAUCCAGGCAGAGGCAGGGAGCAUGGGACCACUGGAAACAGGAGACCAAACGGGAGGAAUUCCAGCACGAAACUCAAAAGACGAGAGGCUGCUGGUGUACAUUGGCAUUAUUGACAUCCUACAGUCUUAUAGAUUCGUGAAGAAGCUUGAACACUCAUGGAAAGCCCUUGUUUAUGAUGGGGAUAGUGUGUCAGUACACAGACCGAGCUUCUACGCAGAACGAUUUCAGAAGUUCAUGUGCAAUACAGUCUUCAGAAAGAUAACAUUAAGGUCUUCUCCAUCUAAGAAGCGCCGCACACUUUCCCAUGGCCCAUUGAAAAAGUCCGGUGGUACUGGACCUUCUCUGUUAGCAGCAACCAGCAGCAACAACCAGCAUCCUGCACUACAACAUCAAGUCAGCUCCGACACCAAAGAAGACAGUGAGGCAGACAAUUUUAAGCAGUCAGGUCGUCCUGACCUCCUCCCAGCGCCCUUACCACAGAGCAACACCGCUGAACCUGCCGUUUCCUCCUCCUCGGGAAACUCUGAACAUGUUCCCACAAGUCAGCCUCUGCCCCACUCUCUGGAUUUGAAUAACACACACAGCAAAGACCAGGAGCCCAGCGCCACCAAGAGAGCUGUGUUAGGGACUCUUGAAGAAAGCAUCGGUGGUGAGGAUGUAAUCUCACUCAGUGACAUAGUUCCUCAAGCAAGCAAAUGUUCUGUGUAGCUGUGGGGAAGUGAACUGGAAUCAAAUGAACAAAAUAAAGAAGAUAAUGUGAGGCUCACGGAUGAAAUGUUACACCUCUCCCUUGGUGUGAUACGAGGUACAAAAAUUGAAACUGUGUAUCAGCUACACCAAGUUGGAUUGUAAAUGUUUUUUCUUUUUGUUUUGAUUGUUAUUUCUGCACUUUGAUUUCCAAAUCUCAACAUGGUAAAUGGGUGGUUGUGCUCUGACGCUAGUAGUAGAUGGGUACAAUGAUGCAGUGGUUAUUGAACACUAUAUUCAUCUCAGAUGUAUGAUUUUAUGCACAACCAAAGAUUCUUCUUGACAGUGAUCAACCAAGCCAGCAUUCAGUGUAACAGAGUGUAUUUUUUUUAAAUCAUAUGCAUUGGAUUAGGAACACAUUUUUAAAUAAUUUUUUUUUUUUUUUUUUUUAAGAAUUGACUUUAAUCCUACAUAGUAAGCUUUUUUUUUCUUUUUUCUUUUUGGCGUACUCUGAAUACAAAUAAUGCUGGAAAAAGAGGUGUUGUAAUGGAUCUGUAUAAUUUCAGAGACUGUGAAUCCAAAAUGUCACAUAUCCAGGUCAAAAGAUAGCUUUUUUAAGGGAGGUUGUAUUUUUUCUUUUUUUAUAUUUGUACACUCUACAAUCUGUAACCAUGUUCAGGUUUAGUGUGUAGAUUGGACCACGACCGACAGUGUCAACUGAUUACUUUUGAUCUGGGGUCUGUCUCACAAAGCAAGAUUAAACAAUUAACUUUGGAGUGAGCCCUGUUUUUGGUGUCACAGAGAUUCAAACUGAGUUAUGUUGCCAUGGCAACUGAUGCAACACCUGGUAUUCCACGAAGAUCCGUUGUACCUUGCCUCCGAUUGGCUAGUACUUGUUUCCUUCGUUGGUAAGUUUAGGCAUGAGGAGUGAGAUGGCUAGGGUAAAAAUAUCAUAGUCAGAGCCAAUCAGAGGCAGAGUAGGGGCGUGUCGUCGCAGUAGAAUAGAAUAGAAUAGAAUAAAACUUUAUUGUCCACGAUGGUGGAAAAUUGUCUUUGGCUCACCAAUAACAGACAUACAGUAUACAUAAAUUACACCAUAGUAUCCAUAAAUAAUGCAACCUAAACAGGAGCAUUUGGAAAAUGUUGUACAAAAUAACCACAGCAUCACUGAUCAGUUGUGAGGGAAAACUGAGUCACCAUUUCUACAGGAUCCCAAUGAACAAAAACCCCACAAGUGAAAAGUACUAAAGAGAGCAGAGUAACAAACUGGUAAAAUCGCUUUAUUUUUCAUGAUAAUUUGUAUUUCUAUUAGAAAUAGCAACGAAUUUAAUGUUUGCAGCUUGACAAGUGUCUCAUUGUGGUUAUAAAACAGCACUUCUAACAAACAUAAUAAUAAUAAAAUAAAUUUACUGCUGCAUAGUUAUGCUGUUGGUUCAAUGCAGCCCUGUUUAUGUACGCACAUUGUCUCACUGUGGCUGUGGAGAACACAAGGUGACUUUGUAAAUAAGAAUUAUUUCUUUAUUAUUCAUUUUUUCACCCAACGAUAUGACACUGUCUUAUUCGAGGAGUGUCAUCGUUGUAGACUGUGUCAUUGAUGCAGAGUGUCUGAAACCAGCUCUCAAUGUGCAAUGUUAUACAAUUGCAGCUCUGUUCCACUCACAGUCUCAGAUCUAUAGUACUGGUUCAGUACUACUAGCAGGUUCAGUCCAUUCCAGGCUGCCUUAAUGGAAAAAGUAAUAGCAGCAGCAGUUUAGACCCCCAGAUGGAAACAUGCUGAUUUUCACCAUGCACAUGCGAUAAAAGUCACAGUUCCUGUAAGUUUAACACAGAUGCCAUUUAAUGUCAAUGAGUGUUAGAACAGUUUUAAAAAAUAUAUAUAAUGUUCGUAUGUGAAUGUGUGUCUGUUUGGCAAUUUAUAUUUUACGUUUUAACAACACAAAAUGAGUUUUGCCAACUCGAGCAUAUAGUGUAGGAUAGAGUAGAGACUUUCUGUUCUCUGCCCUCCUGGUUGCUACAGAGAGGGGAGGAGAGUAAACUAAUAAAAACUAGAGUGGAAAGAAUGUGAAUGAGCAAUCUAGGUUUACCAAUUUUUAACUUGGCUGCUGAAUAAUUAGUGGUAGAUGGUACUGCAUUUGCUUAAAGCAUUUUCUAAAUUUUUCAGUACUCUGCUGCUAAAAGUAAAAAGUGAUGUAUUUAUUCAAAAUAACAUGGAUAAUGCAAAGUUUAGUAAUCCAUUACUUUUUUUAUUUUCGGCUACUUAUGUCAAUCAGAUAUUAAAGCCUCUAUAUAUUCUCACUCUAUAAUAUUGCCUUUUAGUAUUUGACAAUUAUGUAUUCAUGUUCCUGCUUUUUAUCUCCUUGUGAUGCAUUCUCAUUACUGGUUACAUUAAUCAUAACGCUAACAUGCCCUACAGUGAUGAGCAUUUUCAUCUCAUCUCAUAUUAAAUUAGCCACUGUUGAUUCAUUGACAAUGUUCAUGUGAUAACUCAAAGAGCUUUGUGGGACAGGCCCCAAUUAUGGUAGAGUAGUUGUGUUUUUUUCACUAGCAAACAUGGUGAUGGCUGCCUGGUGGGUAACAUUACAAAAAAGACAAUACAAUUCACCUACUUUUUGUAAACUUAAACUUACACAUGGUUCACUGCCACUUGAGUUGGUUUUAGCUCUUAAAUUUUUUGUACAGUGUUUAAAUAUGAUACCAUGGAUUCAACACAUUUACUUGCCCAGUGUUUCUGAAUUAUUUGACAUUUUAAAUAGAAAAAAAUGUAUUGCAAUGAUUGUUUUAUGUCUGAUAGCAUAAAUGAAAUCAGUCAUUUGAAAGAUGUGUCACCUAUGCAUUAUGACUCUUUGUGUACAACAUUUGUAGGCCUGAAUGAAAGUGCAAUACUUUAAAUGAAUUGAUCAUUUUCAAACUAAGAUGUGAUGAACAAGCACACACAUUUAGGCAUUUAAGACAUCCUGUUAGUGGUAUGUUGAGGGUGGGAGGUUGGUUAGUGUGUCAAACUGUCAGGCAGUGCUCUGUCUCUACUGGAAGUGAAACUGUGCCUUAUUAUAAAAACUCUGAAUCAGUUACACAUGCAGCCUAUGAACCAAAUUGUUAAUAGUUUACUCUGCGUGUAUUUAUUAUAGUAUUUAUUACUGUAUGUCUUGCUCUGGUUUCCAAAAUGUUUGUUAAACUUCACGGUGGCAUUGAAAACAGACCCUCAACAGACAACUGUAUGUAAAGGCACGCUACUUUGUUGAUUUUGGAUAUGAUCAUAACAACUGUUAAAUAAUCUUGUAUUCUUUUUUUCCUUUUUACCGUGUUAAUAAUUGUCUUCUUGUCUUUAAAUUAUACACACAUGUGCACACAUGUAUAGAAGAAUCACAGUGAUGCCUUUUCACAGGAUAUGAAUUUACAGUUUGUGUCUUUUGCUCUUUUGGGGCUGUAAUGUUUUCAUACAGAUGGAUAAAGUUAUUAAAAAAAAU